CCCGCGCACGCGCACAGUGGGUGGGGGCGGGCGCGCGCGCCUCUAACGGCCGCGGCGGCGUCGACGGACGAGCUGAAGGAGCUGAGCGGAGCGGCCGGUCGGCCCAGGGCACGGACAUACUGUCUCUCACACACACAGAGAAAAGGGGACGCCGCUUCGACCACCAUGACCCGCACUUCAUGACACGAUCCAUCCGACCUUUCCUGGGUGCAGCCUCUGCCAUUUAAAAAAAAAGAAGAAAAAAUACUCUCAUUCAUUGGGGUGUCACGUUGUAGGCCGCGUCCUCAGGUAGGCGGUCACCGAGGAGAAUUAAUGCAGCGAUUCUGCUGAGGAGGGCGAUUUUACUGGUGAUCUAUAUAUAUUUUUUUUUGGAAGAUUACGCUUUAAAAAAAAAAAAAAAAAAUUAUUAUCUGACUUGCGAUGGUGGAUGUGGAUUUCGGCGGCUGCGGUGCGUCUGGAGAUGGCAGCAGCCGCAGGAAGAUGCCGGAGCCGCUGGACUCGGACUGCGCCGAGGUUGUCCCGCUGGAGCUGUACGACUCUUCCAGGGCCAAAAUCGCCGCCAACCUGGCCUGGAUCUUCUCCAAAGCCUACGGAAUAGAUAAUAUUCCUGAGGAUUUAAGGGAUGCUUUCUACACAGACCAAUAUGAACAAGAACACAUUAAACCACCCGUCAUCAAGCUGCUGCUGUCCAGUGACCUUUACUGUCGUGUGUGCAUCCUAAUUUUAAAAGGGGAUCAGGUGUCUGCGUUGCGGGGUCACCAACCCGUCAUUCAAGCAUUGUCGCGCAAAGGCAUUUAUGUGAUGGAGAGUGAUGAUAUGCCAGUUUCGGAAUCGGACCUGACGCAGUCUCCAAUCAAAAUGAGUGCUCAUAUGGCUUUGAUUGAUGCGCUGAUGAUGGCCUACACAGUAGAGAUGAUUAGCAUUGAAAAGGUGGUGGCAUCAGUAAAGCGUUUUUCCACAUUUAGUGCCUCAAAGGAAUUACCAUAUGAUCUGGAAGAUGCCAUGGUGUUCUGGAUAAAUAAGGUGAAUUUAAAAAUGCGAGAAAUCACAGAAAAGGAAUUUAAACUUAAACAACAAGUUAUAGAAAGUCCAAGUCACCAAAAGUCUCCUUCAAAAUGGUAUUGGAAACUGGUGCCUGUCCGUUAUCGGCGAGAUCAUCCCUUGAAUAAGCAGUUACCAUUUUUCCCUUUAAUGGAGGACCUAAUGAGGGAUGCUUGUGAUGGCUGUUCACUUCUGGCAAUUAUUCACUAUUAUUGCCCAGAGCUCAUGAAAUUAGAAGAUAUUUGUUUGAAGGAAGUGACUUCAAUUGCAGACAGCUUGUACAAUAUUCAGCUCCUGAUAGACUUCUCGAACCAUUACCUAAACAGAAGUUUUUAUCUUACUCUGGAAGAUAUGCUAUAUGGUCCUUUAGUAUUGAAGCCUAAUAUUAUGGUGUUCAUUGCCGAAUUGUUCUGGUGGUUUGAAGUUGUAAAACCUGACUUUGUGCAACCAAGGGAAGUUCAAGAAAUCAAAGAUGCUAAAAUGCUCCUACAACAGAAGAACUCGCGUCCGCCUCUUCCAAUUUCCAAUGCAACAAAACGUAGCUUUAUGGUCAGCCCAGCAAAUGGUUUAGGUGAUGUGACAACAACUGCACCACAGAUUAGCCAAGAGAUUGGAACCAGGUAUUGCCUGCAUCCUGAAGAGUUUGUCAAAGGAAGCCCUGCCUUCAGUCCAUCCCACCCAUUAUUGCCUUUAAGACAGAGGCAACAUAAAUCUCCUUUGCCUAAUGAAGACAGUCCAGAUACACGUCAUCGUUCAAAUUCCCUUACUCGAGUUGAUGGGCAGCCAAGAGGCUCAAUUUUGGCUUGGCAAGAAAGAAAACCAAGACCUUUGUCUCAGCCAACGCCAUUUGCCCUUCACUCUGCAACGGACAGUGAUGUAGACGUUGCUUCUGGAGAUAGCAUCAGCUUGGCCAGGUCUAUCAGCAAAGACAGUCUUGCGUCCAAUAUAGUCGGUGUAACCCCAAAGCAUCAAUCCCAGCUAUUUUCGCCACCCGCAGAAAGCAAUGGGAAAGGUUUGCUAAGAAAUGUGCACAUAGAAGAUGAGGACGAUGAAGAACUUGUAUCGAUAAUUAAGUCAGAUGAAGGAAUGGUUAAUAAUUGUGGUGCUGAGUUACAAAAUGUUUCAUCAAAAGCCCCAAAUCAAUUAUUGCUGUCAAAGUCCCCCACAAAACAGCAACAUGACCUUGAAGCAGCAAACCAAACAUGUGGAUUUUUCUUAGAACCUUUAAUGCCUGCUGUUUUAAAACCAGCCAAGGAAAAUCUUUUAAUUGUUAAUAAGCAUGAUGAAUAUGGAGAACGUAAAUAUCGACCUUUGACAGCAAAGAAAAUAGCUGAUGAACAUUUGCCUUCAACACACAAAACGACAGUGAAUAUCAAUGGUGAAGCAGAUGUUAACAGGACAUUCACUCCCAUAACCAGUUCUGAUUUUACAUUUGUCGCUGAUCCAACCUUUACAGAGUCUUUAAGACACAAUGAAGCAACAGGAGUUUCUUUGAGUAACUUUAGACCUUUGGCAAGCAGUAGUGUUGAGGCUUCAAUGCAAGAAGAGCCUGGAGGUUUUUUUCUUCAUACUGGAGAUGCUGAAAAAAGAUUUGAUGAUGUAUCAGUGAAUAAUACAACCACUACGGACACAAUGAAUAUCCAAGAUUCUGAUUCAGAGGUGCUAGAUACGGAAGAGACUGCACAAGAUCUAGUUGCUGAAGAGGAGGUGCAGCGUGUGGGAAAUUGUUACAGUGGAGAAGAGGAAUCUAGAAAAUUACAUCACGAUAUGAAGGUAAAAGAACACGAGGACAAAGAUGAUGCCAGCGGACGUUCCAGCCCUUGUUUGAGUACAAUAUCUCAAGCAAGUAGUACAUCCAUGACCAGUGCCAGCAUUAGAAUGACCAGUUUUGCAGAACGUAAAUUACAAAGACUCAACAGCACUGAGGCAAAGUCUAGUGCAAGUAGCUCUCAAAAGACUACACCCGAUGGGUCAGAAUGUUGCCCCAUACCCAUGAUGACGUGGAGGCAGAAACGAGAACAGAGUCCUGGUAGACAGAUCAAAGACAGUGCCCAGAUACUAGCCUCUGAACUUGUUCAACUUCACAUGCAACUUGAGGAGAAAAGAAGAAUUAUUGAAGCUCAGAAAAAGAAAAUGGAAGCUCUCUCUGCCAGACAACGUCUAAAAUUGGGCAAAGCAGCUUUUUUGCAUAUUGUUAAAAAGGGCAAGAAUGAAGGGAUUCCACAACCGCUUAAGCCUGAACACUUCAUGAAAGAAGCGGAAUGCCCAAGUCAUGAGGAAACUAUUGCUCUUGUUUCUCAACCUCCUAGAACAGAUGAAGGUUUUCCAAACCAAGAAGCCAAAGAAGAUUACUUGAAGCAACUGGAUGAAGUAGGGGCAAAAGAAGUACAGGAGAAAAUAACUGAGGAUGAUAUUCAAGAGAGCAUUGCUGCUGUUAGACAGCGGUGGUUUAAGGAAUCCUCCCAAGUUGCCUUUGAUGUUGACAAGAACAGGGUGAAUUCUAAUGGUGGUUUUGAUGAUGGUAUGUCAGAUGGCGAUGCGAGUGAAUAUAACCGUUCAAUUGAAAAACUUAAUGAAACUUUGAGCAACCUUCAAUUUGAAAUGCAUAAGCUUUCACAGCAGCAGGAACUCCUGAUGAAGCUUAAGGACCAAGUGCCAACAACACCGGUACCAAAUAUUAAUCGCAACCUGCAGGAUCAGAAGAGCAAGCAAACAGCACAGAUUAUGGAACCAUUGUCGCCAACAGGCAGUAGUCCAACGCAAACUGUGCGCAAGCAACCACGCAGCAUGCAACUAAAAAGCCCUCGUGCAGGGAGGCCAACUGAGCUAAAAGUCUCUCGAGAUACUAAAGCACAGGGCUCUUUUCGUAUUAUUACACCAACACACAGUGUAGAUACUCUUCCCCAUUUGCGACCUUUCUCAGGUAGUAAACCACUUAAAUUUGAGACUGAAGAUAUUACUGAUCCUGCUGCUAUUAAUGCAGGGGCUUUAGAUGGCAGGACUUCUAACGGUUCUGCUGAGCUCGCCUCUGAAAGGACAAAGGAUAUGGAUGGUCACAGGCACUGUGAGGACAGUCACCUGCGACCAUUGGUGCUCUCCACAUCUCAGAAAGACAGUUAUAACUAUUUCUAUGAGCAAAUUAACACCGAGGCAGUAAUUAGCACCCCAAAGAAGCCUGAACACACUUCACUUAACUCUUCAGACAGUUCUGGGAAGGAGAACAUUCCUAUUGAGGAACACUCCAAAAAUAAGGCAAACCUCAUUGAAGUAGAUAUUUCUGAACUGAGGGCACCUGCAGAUGGUGAAGUAUGUGAAAGCCAAGGCAUCUCCACCAGUCAUGUGAUUUGUGAAUCAGAUCAGAAGUCUGGAUUGGGCUUUUUUUUCAAGGAUGAUCAGAAAGCAGAAGAUGAGUUGGCAAAAAAGCGUGCUGCUUUUCUCCUCAAACAACAACGCAAAGCAGAAGAAGCUCGCUUACGGAGGCAGCAGCUAGAUGCUGAGAUAGAACAGAAACGUGAAGAAGCAAGGCGUAAGGCUGAAGAGGACCGCAUUCGCAAGGAGGAGGAGAAAGCACGAAGAGAGUUAAUCAAACAGGAAUAUCUAAGACGUAAACAGCAGCAAAUACUGGAAGAGCAAGGCCUUGGUAAACCCAAACCUAAAGUUAAGAAGCAACGUCCAAAAUCAGUCCAUCGGGAAGAAUCAUAUAGCGAACCACCUUCACGAUAUCCUUCCACUCCUGACAAUCUGAGCAGUACUCAGUUUGGGUCGAGUCUGUCUCUGGCAUCCGCCGCUACCACUGAAGCAGAAAGUGUGAAUUCUGCUGGCGGCAGUGGUAGUGGCGGUUAUUCACAAAGGACGGACUCCAUGGAGACCUUCUCAGUGCUGAGUCGAAAUCAGAGUAGGAGCACAGAACGAGACUGGGAAAAUGCAUCCACAGCCUCAUCGAUCGCAUCUGUAGCUGAGUACACUGGUCCAAAAUUAUUUAAGGAACCAAGUUCAAAAUCAAACAAGCCAAUAAUUCAUAAUGCUAUCUCACAUUGUUGUCUUGCGGGAAAAGUAAAUGAGCCACAGAAAAAUUCAAUACUUGAGGAGCUUGAGAAAUGCGAGGCUAACCAUUACAUCAUCUUGUUUCGUGAUGCGGGCUGCCAAUUCCGAGCAAUUUAUGCCUAUUCCCCAGAAUCUGAGGAGAUCCAGAAGUUAACUGGCACAGGGCCAAAAAGCAUUAAUAAGAAGAUGAUCGACAAGCUUUACAAGUACAGCUCAGACAGAAAGCUGUUUAGCCUGAUACCUACGAAAACCAUGUCGGUCAGUGUGGACGCAAUCACAAUUCAUAACCAUUUGUGGCAAGCCAAACGAUCUGCAGUGCCAAAGAAGCAAGCAACUGGAAAAUGAGAAGAAUUUUAUGCUUGGGUUCAAGUGCUUCAUUAAUCUAAUGUUCCCCCUAUUUCCUCAUAAUAGAAUGUGUUGAAAUCAGCAAUUUUUCCAUUUGAUUUGCUGGCUGUUUGGUUUUGGGAGCUACAAAUCUCUCCAGAUUUUGUUGCAUUUGACAGAAUGGAACUUUUUAUUGUACGUUUGCACAGACAGUGAAAUGUUAUCUAUUCCACAAAGGACAAAAUAAGUAGUCAGAUAUUUUUCUGAAGGAUUUUGGUCUCUGGGUGCUGACAUUUGGCGGUACGUGACAAAAUCAUGGCUUUUUUUACGGUGGUUACUCUGGCUUGUAACUGUCUUUUCUUUGCAUGUGGCAAAUUUUCUCGCCAGUGGAUUCUUAAAAGUAUUUGUGGACUGUAAUUGUAAAAAGGUUCCUCUACUUUUACUUUACCUUCAAUUCCUCUAUGGAAUGGCAUCGCCACAGGGAAUGGGGCAAUGUUGCAGCUGGGUUUGGCCUGAGGUAAACUUGUCCUGAAAUUAGAACAAAAUGGUGGGCCAUCUUCCGAAACUGGUUAAGAAACUGGCCUGACUUUGGUACAACAAUCUGAUUACUGCCAAAAAACUUGAUGACAACUGACUUGCAAUUCUGAUGUUACUUACUUUUCUUAUAUUCUUGCUGUGAACGGUGAUGGAUUGUGAUCUGUAUAUAUUGAGACAGCAUUGUGACCGAUUUAUCAGCAGCCAUAGUUCUUGGAAGAACAAUCAUGCAAAGCAUAUGAACAAAUCUGCACAGGCCGGCAGGAUGACGGCAUAUGCUAUGUUCAAUGGAACAUUUGAUUUAUUAAAAACGUGAAUUUGGCACAUUUUAUACAUACCAUCAUUUUAGAGAAAGUCUGUGUUCUGCAGUAAUGAUUGGGUGUUAUUCGUCCAGUAAGGAAGAUUGUUGUAGAAGUAGAGUAUUAUCACGCAGGGCACAGUAUUGCUGUAUGGAGGCACACUGAGAGGUCACAGUCAAAUUGUAAUGCUUUUUAUUGCAUUGUGCAUUCUGAAAUCCUUACAUCCUCUUAUUUUCCAAUGCUGUAUGAGCAGUAUGCUCUUGUAAGAAUGUAUAUUCUGUUGAACAUAGCCUAUUUCUUUUGGGAUAGCAGUAUUUAUUAUAUUUUGCCAUUCUUGACUACUGUCUGCAAAAUGGACAUUAUCCCACCAGAUGUUUAUGAUUUAUUUUUCCUUCUGGAGUUUUUAACAACCUGUCAGGAGCUGUGUGUGUUCUGUUUAAAAUAAAGGAAAUAUUAAUAUUAUGCGGUAUAGUAGUAAACUAAUUUGAUCACUCUCAAAUGUGUGAUCAUAAUGAUGGUACUUGAAGCUAGAUUCUUUCCACGACACAGCAAUUCUGUGUAAUCACUUGUAAUAAACCUGCAAGAUACAAUUGCUUAUAAGACA